UUUGAGCUUCUUAAGUCGUUCAUCUUCAGGUGCCACAGCAAAGUUUCAGGUAAGCUCGGUGAGAAAUGAAGGUUUGUCUAAUGAAAUUAUGCAGACUGCUUUGUUCAGCCUUGAGUCUGCCCUUGCACGCAAUGCAGGUCAUAGGGCUGCGUGGCAUGUACAAACGCCUUUUUCCCUUGCUCGCCUACAAUGUGACAUUUUCAUACAACGACAAAAUGCACAGAGUCAAAAGGGAGCUUUUCCGAAACAUGGCCAAAUUUGCAGAUACCGAUGGCACCCUCCGCCUGCUGGAGAUCGGGUGCGGCAGCGGAGCUAACUUCAAGUUUUACCCUCACGGCUGCACGGUGACCUGCACUGACCCCAACCCGCACUUCGAGAAGUACCUGCGGAUGAGCAUGGACGCAAACCAGCAUCUGACUUACGACAAGUUUAUGUGCGUCUCCGGGGAGGACAUGCGGGGAGUACGGGACGGCUCUGCGGACGUUGUUGUCUGCACCUUAGUCCUGUGCUCUGUCAGCAAUGUGCAGCAGGUCCUGCAGGAGGCCCGGCGCGUUCUCAGAACAGGUGGCGCCUUCUACUUUUUGGAACAUGUUGUCUCAGAUUCUUCAUCCUGGACAUACUUUUUGCAGUAUGUGUUUGAGCCUCUCUGGUGCUUUCUCGGGGAUGGAUGCAUGAUUACCAGAGCAACAUGGAAAGAUAUAGAGGUAGCUGGUUUUUCCGAGCUUAACUUGAGACACAUUGAUGCUCCAGAUGUCAGUUUGAUGAUCAGGCCACACAUCAUGGGAUAUUGUAUUAAAUGACGGCAUGGUGGACUGUGGAGUUUAUAUUAAAACAUUCAGGUUAUACAGUGACAUACAUCCUAAAGCAACACUUGUAAUGGCC